AUGCCCAGUAUCAGCUCCCACAUUGCCUCCCAGUUUGCCCCCAGUCGGCCCAGUGUCUCCCAGUGCCUGCAGCCUGCUUCAGUUUUCCCCCAGUACAUCCAGUGCUUCCCAUAUCCCCCAGUCUGUCCCAGUGCCCUCUCGUCCGUCCCAGUACAUCCCGGCCGCCAGGGGCUGCCCUCACCCCCUGGGAGCCUCUCUGGCCGCCCCUCUCGAUGCCUCCCCCAGAAAGGAAGUGCCCUUUGUUUCCUUCCGGAAGGGCGUGGCCGUGGCCGUGGGUCACGUGAUCGACACACGGGUGACGUCACAAAGUUUGCGGAAGUGCGCGGGAGAGGCCGGGAGGUGCCGCUGCCACCAUGGACCUGCUGUUCGAGGCGCCGCAAGACGCCGGAGGAGCUGCUGCGGCAGAACCAGCGGGCGCUGGCCCGUGCCAUGCGGGAGCUCGACCGUGAGCGCCAGAAGCUGGAGGCGCAGGAGAAGAAGAUCAUCGUUGACAUCAAGAAGAUGGCUAAGCAGGGACAGAUGGAUGCGGUGAAGAUCAUGGCGAAGGACCUGGUGCGGACACGGCGCUAUGUGAAGAAGUUCAUUACCAUGAGGGCCAAUGUCCAGGCCGUGUCCCUCAAAAUCCAGACCCUCAAAUCCAACAACUCCAUGGCCCAGGCAAUGAAGGGUGUCACCAAGGCCAUGGCCACCAUGAACCGGCAGCUGAAGCUGCCACAGAUCCAGAAGAUCAUGAUGGAAUUUGAGAAGCAGGCGGAAAUCAUGGACAUGAAGGAGGAGCUGAUGAACGACGCCAUUGAUGAUGCCAUGGGGGACGAGGACGAUGAGGAGGAGAGCGACGCAGUGGUGUCACAAGUGCUGGAUGAGCUGGGACUGAACCUCACCGAUGAGCUGGCGACCCUGCCCCUUCCGGGAGGGGUCGCUGGCAGCGGGAGGGGGCGAACACCCGAGGCCACAGCUGCGCUGGCUGAUGCUGACGCUGACCUGGAGGAGCGGCUCAAGAACCUGCGCCGGGACUGACCUUUGACCUCUGACCCUUGACCCACAACUCGACCCCCUCCCCCCGGCACCCUGUGACCGUGGGGUUGACCCCUGCUGCUCUGCCACCCUGGGGUUCACCCCAUCACCCUACGACCCCAGGGUUGACCUCAGCGACCCUGGAGCUGCCCCGUGUGACCUGCAGGCACCACCCUGACCCCUGCAGUGACCUUUGACCUUGGCCAACAGCAACCCACUGCCCCUGACCUCUCCUUGGCCUCAUGGUGACCUCUGGCCUUGACCUCUGGUGACCUGUGGGCUGCUCCCAAGGCUGACCCCCAGUGACCUUUGACCCUGCCCAGCCCUCUCUGGGCUGGGGGGGCUCAUCAGGCCUUGACACACACCCCCCGGUUAUUUGCCCCGCUGGGGGUAUUUGCCCCCUCUCCAGGGAUAUUUCCCCCCCCCCCCGGUGGUAUUUGCUCCCUCUCCAGGGGUAUUUGCCCCCCCAGGCUAUUUGCCCCCUCUCCAGGGGUAUUUCCCACCCCAGGGGUAUUUGCACCCCCCCUCCCCCCCCCCCCCGGCUUAUUUACGCCUUCUCCAGGGGUAUUUGCCCCACCCCAAGGAUAUUUGCCCUCUCUCCAGGUUUAUUUGUGUCCCCCCCGGGUAUGUGGACCCCCCCGGUACUUGCCCCCUCUCCAGGGUUAUUUCCCCUCUCCAGGGUUUUAUUUCUCCUCUCCAGGGGUAUUUGCACCCUCUGCAGGAUUAUUUGCCCCCUUCUUCUGGGGCAUUUGACCCCCCCCGGGGGUAUUUGCCCCCUUGGUCUUGGUUACUGACUCUCUCUUGGGGGUGUUUGCCCCCCCCCCGGGAGCUCUUUGCCCCCAUCUUUCUAUUAUUUGCCCCAUCUUGGGGUAUUUGCACUCCCCCCCCCCGGGUAUUUGCCCCCUUUUGGGGGUAUUUGCCCCCCCCCCCGGGCAGUUGAACUGGGGCAAUAAAGGCUGCAUAUUGGUA